AUGGCCAAGCUUGGACCAGACGUUCAGAAUGGGAAUGCUGACGCCUACUCCGGUUACCUCCCCGAAGGCAACAUCUUCGGAUUCAGUAUGAUGCACGAGUCCGGAACUGGAGGCGCGCCGAAAUACGGUGUUGUAAGUCAGAUGCCCGUUACGGGUGAUGUACCGGACCCUCUGGCGGAUUUGUCACAACCGCGAGCAUCACCGGAUCAAGCAGGUGUAGGAUACUACAAGUCUUCGUUGGCAAAUGGGGUCACAGUAGAGCUGAGUGCUACUCAGCAUGCCGGCUUGUACUUGUACACCUUUCCAGAUAACACAUCGUCAUCUAUCGUAGUCGAUGUUUCGCAUGUACUCUCCAGCUUUAGAGGCCUUGGUUGGGAACAACAUUACUCAGGCGGUAGUUUCAGUAUCUCUAACGAUGGUCACUAUGAGGGAUCUGGAAUUUACAACAAUGGUUGGAAUCUUUCACCAGACUGGACGAUUUACUUCUGCGGCAAGUUCAACCAGCAACCUCUGCGAUCAAGGACAUUCAUCGGAAAUGCUAGCGCCACGAGCGAGCCGGUAUCUGGAACUGCACGGCUCGGUGGCGUUUUCACAUUUACCGCAUCAAAGGUGACUUCUCGUGUUGGCAUCUCAUUCCUCUCUACCGACAAAGCUUGCGAGAACCUAGAGGAAAUCUCACAGGACAUCGAGCUCAAUAGCCUAGUCGAAGUUGCAAGAACUAGAUGGAAUGAGGAGAUACUCAGCAAAGUCCAGAUAUCCUCCGAAAACAUAGAAGACUUGCAGUUGGUAUACAGCUCUCUUUAUGGCAUGUUUCUCAUUCCCUCAAACCGAACAGACGAAAACCCCGAUUGGAACGAAGGGGAACCUUAUUACGAUGACGUUUUUUCUCUUUGGGACAUCCAUAGAUGUCAAACAGCCCUAUUUCACAUCAUACAGCCCCUGGCAUAUGAAGAAUUUCUUCGCUCCCUCAUUGACAUCUGGCGACACGACGGCUUCAUGCCUGAUGCGCGAUCUUCAAACUACAACGGCCGGGUCCAGGGCGGUUCCAACGCUGACAACGUGCUCGCGGACGCCUACAUCAAAGGCGUUCGAGGAGCAAUAAAUUGGGAAGAUGGCUUCUCUGCAAUGCGUACCGACGCCGAAGUCGUACCUCCAAAUAAUUUCGACCCUAAAGCGCCUGAUUCUUCAACCAAAGAAGGAAGGGGAGCCCUCCCAGAUUGGCUCCAGUACGGGUACAUCACGCCUCGCUUCACCCGCGCUGUUUCACGCGCAGUCGAAUACUCCGCGAACGACUACGGUCUUCAUGUUGUCGCAGCGGGAUUAGGCAGAACCCAAGAAGCAUCUAACUACCUCAACCGAUCCCGCAACUGGCGUAACCACUGGGACCACGCAGCUACGUCUAAUAACCACACUGGCUUCAUGGUUCCGCGUUAUGCAAAUGGUUCAUUCGCAAAGCAGGAUCCUGCGAUCUGCGGUGGUUGUUACUGGGGUGAUGCGUACUAUGAAGACAGUAGUUGGAUCUACAGCAUGAAUGCAAUCCAUGACGUCGCGGAGCUAAAGCGGCGUAUUGGCGGCGACGAACGCUUCAUUGACCGGUUGAACAAAAUUUUCGAACUAGAUUUCUUCGACGCGGGGAAUGAACCUAGUUUCACGACACCGUACUUGUACAAUUUUGUGGUCGGAGAGCAAUGGCGGAGUGUGGAGAGAAGUAGGACGAUUGGCAGGCUGUACAAUUCUGGGGUGGAAGGGUUACCGGGAAAUUCUGAUGCUGGUGCUAUGGAAGCAAAUCUUUUAUGGCAAAUGAUUGGUCUGUAUCCACUGACAGGUCAAACUACCUUCCUUGUACUUUCCCCCUGGUUCCCUCAGCUUAGUCUCGACCUUGGGAAUGGGAACAAAAUUACCAUUACUACCACCUUCAGUGACGGUGGCGAUCGGAACUCGGCACCCUACGUGCAGAGCCUGAAGGUCAAUGGCAAGACGUGGGACAAAGCGUGGGUAGCUUGGGAAGAUGUAUUUGAGAAGGGUGGUACGAUGGAGUAUGUGAUGGGAAGCAGUCCUAGUCGUUGGGCAACGGGUGAGCUACCGCCUAGUCCAGCUUCAUUUAGAUGA